UCACCCCCUUCUUGUCUCUUCCCAUUCUUUGUCAUCUCGCCGUAAUUACUGUACUACUACGUUUCUAAGCUGACUGACAAUUACUGUUUAAAAAGAAAAACACUGCCCUUUUUGUCAAAACAUUCACUAUCAUUAUUGAACGGGCCUGCCAUUACAAUCUACACAUUUUUCAAUUCUUGAUUUCUUUCACACCUGGAGACCCUUUCUUCCAUUUCUUUAUUUGUGUGCUCUUUCACAAUUGUUUCAGUAUUCAUUUACUCGCUUUGUAACCAAAGAUUCACCUGACUAAGUUGCUUUUGUGAAACUCAAAAGAGUAGAUCAACUCUUUCCAUUGACCAAAAGGAACACCAGUCUAAUGUUGGCUGCACUUUGCCAUAACUAAACAUCAUGAGGAAACACACUACUUUAUUGAGGAAUUCAGGUACAUAUACUAGCCCAUCGACACCAGAAUAUGGUGAUAACAAUUUCGAAGGAUUUCAGAGAGGCUGGUGUUCCGAACGAGUUCCAUUGCCAACCAACAACAGCAGGAGGCAUAUUACGGCUACUGCAUUGAUGCCGUUUAAUAGUGGAAGGGCAUUGCCUUCGAAAUGGGACGAUGCGGAAAGGUGGAUUACAAGUCCAUUAUCAGGUCAUGGCACUCCCAAGGCUUCAAGUUUGCAAUUGCAGAAGCAGACUAAGUCAAAAAGUGGACCCCUCGAUAAUCCUCUCGUUAUGCACAUACCGAAUCCUUGUGGAAGUACAAGUAAUUUUAUAUCGAAUUCACCAUUUACAACAGGUGUAUUGGUGCCUGAUGGAUUAUCCAUUCAUUAUGGUGCUGGUCCUGGCACAAGAUCUAGGGGCUUAUAUGCUGAGAAUAGCAUGGGUCGAGCAAGCACUGCUCCUGCUCUUUCAGAUUUUUUCGCUGAAUCUUCAUUACCAAGCUCCCAAGAUGAUAAGGUUGAUGACACCAAAGAACAAGAUUCUAUUUCCUGUGUAGUUUCACGUCGAGACAUGGCAACACAGAUGAGCCCUGACGACAGUACACAUUCCUCUCCCCAAGGAAGGUCCCCUUCAAUCCGUUCUAUAGAGGAGCCAAAUAAUACACAUUCUGCUAAAGUUGAGAUUAGAGAUGUACAGGUAGACAGAGGACCUCCUAUAUCAGGAGAAUCUCAGAAAAACGGGGUAAGGAAAGCAAGGAAAGACUUACAAGAUGCAAGCGACUCAAAUUUACGGUGGGAUGUUGCGGAUACAGGAAGGAGCAUGCCAAAGCUGCAAAGAGAGGCAGCCAGAAUCACUGCUUGGGAGAACUUACAGAAGGCUAAAGCUGAAGCAGAAAUCCAAAAGCUCGAGAUGAAACUAGCAAAGAAGAGGUCAGCAUCUAUGGAUAAGAUUCUGCGCAAGCUUAAACUUUCUCAGUUGAAGGCUCAAAAGAUGAGAGGUGCACUCUCAGAAGGUCACCCAACCACUUCAAAAAAGCUCUUUCAUUUUCACAAGUAUUUCAGCAGUUGCUUUAACUGCCAUGUCCGUUAGUUUGGCAAGAUAUCCUUUCUGGUUCAUUGCUUACAGAAAGCAUAGCUCGGAUCAAUAUAUGAAUCUCGUCCAAGAUUGGGUAUAUUUCAUUCUUGGUGAUCGAAGGAGUUAGAUAUGUCAUAGCAGCUGCAGACUGAUUAAGUUUCAGAUUUGGCCAUCAUGUUGCUAUAUUCAAACAGAAACACCGUCUCUGCAGAAUUUUGUAAAACUAUUUUUUGUAUAUGGUUAUAAAAGAUAUACCGCUGAGGAACCGCACUCUAUGAGUACAUACCCAAAAAGGUCAUAAUUGAGGUAUUGUUCCACUAUAUAACUAGCAGCAUAUUAAGGGACACA